AUGGGGUUCCAAAAAUACCUUCCAGCUUUCGUCGCACUCCUUGCAUUUGCAAACGCAAGCUGCAAGAACUUCACUCAGUCAAGUACCCGGUUUGGGAGCGGUUACUACACGUCAACUGCGAGCGAAACCCAGAUUAUCUCCAGAGGUUAUGUCUGCGAUACUCCAAACUCAAACUACGAAUUCAAUUCUACGGGCCAGCAACGCUGCAACAGCUCACAAUGUCCCGCGGUAGCAUACGGAAUCGUCAAUGUAGUCGGCACGACCAACCUCUCCCUGUCCGAAAAAGAUACCGAACGUCUCUUCGACCUGGUCCCCAAGUUCACUACCGACAAACCGUUUUUCCCGUAUGAGUUCUCCGGGAAUGCGACUCGUGUUUCGACAUGCUUUCGUGCGGGGGCGAACGAGUCGUCGGGCUAUUUCUCUUUCACGCCAUUCUUGCUUUGUGCCGAGGGAACACUGUCGAGUUGUAGUGGAGGGCCGGUGGAGGAUGGGACCGCGAUUAAGAUUUGUGCGCCACAUACUUAUGGCGGAGAGAGUAAUCGGCAGCCGGAUGGGGCUCAAGGAUUCGUUACUACCGAUCGCGAGACUGCAGCAAACAUCACUACAAACCCAGCGGCCACGAGAACGCCAAUCGUUAGUGCCGCUGGAAGAAACAUCGCGCUUAAUGGAGGGAUGCAGGCUCUCGGAGUGGCUUUCUGGUUGGUAGUCUGUCUGGGGCUCAGUGGCAUGUCCAGUCUGUGA